AUGAAUUCUUCCUCCGAAAGCUUCGGAAUGGAUUCCGAGAGAAUUUUUCACCGCUCACCCUUGGUCAUAGCCGCGGGGUUGGCCGGCAACAUGGCAUACACAGAGGCCGAUGAGGUGAGAAAUAAGCGACAAGACGAAAAGAAGUUAAUGCAAAACCUGAAUGAUAGACUGGCGGUUUACAUAUCACGGGUUCGAACCCUGGAAACUGAGAACAAAGCGCUUCGUGAAUCGCUCAAGAAGAAGGAGAAAGUUUUUAAUUCGGAACCAUUGAAGGCAACCUAUCAAGUUGAAAUCGACGAAACCAAAAAACGGCUUCAAGCGACAAAUAAAGAAAACGCUGAAUUAAAAGUUCAAGUCGUGUCUAUCGAAGAUCAACUCGUGAAGCAACGUUCAGUGAAUCUAUCUGUGUGUCUGUUGAUAUAUCUAUCUCAUUCUGUUCAUAUCUAUCUAUCUAUCUAUCUAUCUAUCACAUUCUGCUUAUAUCUAUCCCUCUACCUCAGUCAGUACAUGUCUGCAUCACUCUAUUAA